AACUGGUCAGUGUCCAAAGUAUUUUCUGCACUCCACAGAACGGUCAUACUGAACAACAAUUUGUUUAUAUUCUGCAAAAAGGUUGUCCAAAUGGCAAAUCUUCAGUUAACUCAGGAAAAACUUGAUGCCCUUCGAUCGGAAUACCGGCCACGUCGACCGUGCGCUUUGCUCAAAUAUCCGCGGCCCAAAACGAAACCAGAGUACCAGGCGAUAUAUCCGUGGCUGCUGCCUGACGAAACUGAUCCCCACUUUGUCUUCUGUGCUGUGUGUGAAUGCCGGCUAAGCUGCAAGCGAUCCGAUCUUGGAAAACACGAGGGCAGCAUCAAACACACGGAAAAUUCACAGCGAAAAUCCCUGGCUCCCAAACAAGAGCCUGGAACUGAUGGAAAUGGCGUUAUGAAGUGGGAGUACAACGACGAGGAGGAGUGCCAGCUUGCCUAUGGUUCGAGAGCCAAUCAUCCGGAUGACGAGGAGGACGAGGGCGACCAGGAAGCCGACUCGGAUGGAGAGUGUGAUGAGGGUGACGAGGACGAGGGCGAACCGGAGGGGGGUCUGGAGUCCCAAAAUGAUUUCGAGGCAGAGCCAGUCUCCAAACAGCAGCGGCGCAUAUCUGAAACAGAUUCACAGCAAUCUGGCAUGCUGGAUUACCUGCCUCUUCAGGUAACCAUUAAUGAAUUGCCGGCAGGAGCCGGAACAAUAUCAGGAUCUUCGUUUCCCACUUCCACUUCCAACUCCACUCCCCAACCGCCACCCUGCCGCAUUACCAUUAAAAAGGUGACGGGACCAUUAGGUAACAUGGCUGCUCCCACUACGCCGCCCAAUCCUGGACUGCCGCAAGAGAUCAGUUCAAAAGCUACCAUCACGCCCAUAGCUGGCAGCUGUUACACUUCCUCCCCUCGGGCCGCACCCGCUUAUGCCCCUCGCCAGCUGCACUGCUACCAACCGUCGUCAAUUUCUUCUCAGUCCUCUCUGGAGCGCCCACCACGAGAUUCCGUGGAACUUUUCUUUGACAGCAUUUGCGCCACUGUCAAGAGCCUGCCUCCAAAACUGGCCACCGAGGGUAAAAUUCGCGUGAUGCAGCUUAUUGGCGAGCUAGAGUUGAGAGCCAUGGGCGAACAGGAGUCGACUUCUCAGGCCGCCGGACAACCCAGCCACGAUCUCGCAGGAACCUCUACCGGGUCACCACCAGAAGCUCCGGGCAGCGGUCAACAGAAUGCCACAGUGGCCUCCACCACAAAAUGAACGUCAAGCCACGCUCAAAUUGACAAAUUAGAUUUUCUAGGGCUUUCAUUUUUUCUGAUUUGUUACUUGAUUUUCUUUAAUAAAGUUAUUUAUUAGUUGUUGUAGUUUA